AUGGUUAGCCUUGGCAGUGUUUGUUGCGAUGAUAAAACAUGCGGUUUUAUUAGUUUCGAUGGUGCUAAUAUAUUGAUUGAUCCCUUCAAUGGGCCGAUAGAUAAUUUGGGCAUUACAAUAAAUGAUCAUAUAGUCCACAAUCUACACUGGCUCUACAUAGAUGUAAUACUUGUUACUAGGCCCAUAACUCUUGAAACAAUUUUGUCAGUUACAAAUGGAUAUGAUAUUAGUAAUACAUUUGUUAUUGGUACCAGAUGGCUUAUUGACAUUUGUAGCAUAUUUUCUGGUUUUAAAAGCUGUGUCAAAUUAUCAUUUGAGGAAUCUCACACACUGGAAUUUGAAAAUGUAGCUAAAAGAUUUGCAAAGUACCAUUUCCUAACUAAGCCCCUAGAAUUGGAGUUUAUGGCACAUCCUAGUGGGUACUCAUUAGGCUCUGGGUGGUAUGAAAUCGCAAAUUUUGAGAAGAAUGAAAAGAUAGCUGUUUUGACGCCUAUUUGUAAAUCUGAACUGUUCAAAACUCCAUCAAUAGAGUCUUUAUCUGAUUUUAAAAUUGUAUUGCCAUUAUUUAAUAAUUUCUCGGUUGUUAAAACAGAAUCUAAAGAUAAAGAAGGAUUUAUAGAGCAGUUACUUAGAAAAUGUCGAGAUGAAACACUAACUACGUUUGAAACGGAUACAUUAUCCCCGAGUUUAUUAUACUUUUUGGUUGGGUUAUUUAAUCAGCAUACCGACAAAUCAUUUCUAAAUAUAUAUAUCAUGGGCGAAACAGUAAAGAAAUAUUUCAACCUUCUAAAUCAAUCCUGUGAAUGGGUUUCAAAUAAAAGAUCAGAAUGGGCUAUGAAUAUCACAAAUCCACGAUCACCAUUUCAUGAUGUAACGAGGUUUAUUGGUUCCAAUUUGUUUUUAUGUUCUGACUUGGAAGAAAUAAACAAUAUAUUAUCAAAAGGGCCUGCUAUAGUAAUAAAACACAAUGAAUAUAAUGAUGCAUUUAAAAAUCUAUUACCAACAAUGGUGACUAUAAAAUUUGACAAAUCGCAAAAAGUAUACAAUAAUGACGGAUUGGAUUAUAAACUUCAAGAAAUUUUACCUGAAUGGCAUGAUGGUAAAUUUCAAAAUGUGUUAGGGAGUAAAGUACCCAAAAAAAUGACACUGCUAAAGGCUACAAUAUCAACUCGAUCAGAACCCAUAAUAAUUGAUGACAGCCAAUCGAUUAAUUGGGGAUUGAAUUAUAAUAUUCCCAAUUUAAAUAAAUUGGCCAAGGCAAUAGGAGGGACGGCCGAUGUAAAAAACUCAAAAAUUGUGCUAAAAGAUUGUGUUGUGUCCAUCCAUUCUACCAAUGUAGUAGAAAUUUUCGCUAAAGAUCCUCAUUUGCGACAUAAAAUCACGAAAAUUGUUGAGAAAUUUAAGUAA